CAAAAGCCAAACCAUGUUCCUCUACACUAUUUUAGCCAGUCAAUUGUUUUCCAAUAUAAACAACUUUGCCUCCUUUUCUGCACAAGGAUUGCCUUCUCCUCCCUCCAUCGUUCUCACUUGCAGGCUCACUGCCCAACCCUGCUUCUCUCUCUGGUCUGGGAGGGUAGCAGAAAGGCAACAUGGCUAAAAUGAUGGUGUCCCCCAUGCAAUGCAAAAUGGAUUUUCCAGGCAAAUCAUUUCAGGCAGGGUCCAUGCUAACAUCAAAGAUGUGGAAUUCUACACUGUUAAAUGCUCAAAGACCUAAAACUAGAAGAUGCAUUUCUGCAUUCAAAGUGCUCGCUGUAAAAUCUGAAAAUGGUGUUGUGCCUAGGUUGGAGUACUUACUUAAUCUGGACACAAAACCUUACACUGAUAAAAUCAUCGCUGAAUACAUCUGGAUCGGAGGAACUGGUAUUGACCUCCGAAGCAAAUCGAGGACUAUAUCAAGUCCUGUGGAACACCCAUCUGAGUUACCAAAAUGGAAUUAUGAUGGAUCAAGCACUGGUCAAGCUCCCGGAGAAGAUAGUGAAGUUAUUCUAUAUCCUCAAGCUAUUUUUAAGGAUCCAUUUCGAGGAGGAAACAAUAUAUUGGUAAUUUGUGAUUCAUAUACUCCAAGUGGAGAGCCUAUCCCUACCAACAAGAGACACAGAGCUGCGCAGAUAUUCAGUGACCAAAAGGUCAUUGACGAAGUUCCUUGGUAUGGUAUCGAGCAAGAGUACACCUUACUUCAAACUAACGUGAAGUGGCCUCUUGGCUGGCCUGUGGGAGGCUAUCCUGGCCCUCAGGGGCCUUACUACUGUGCGGUAGGUGCUGAUAAGACGUUUGGUCGUGAUAUCUCAGAUGCUCAUUACAAGGCAUGUCUGUAUGCUGGAAUCAACAUAAGUGGAACUAAUGGGGAGGUUAUGCCUGGUCAGUGGGAGUACCAAGUUGGACCCAGCGUCGGAAUUGAAGCAGGGGAUCACAUAUGGGCUUCAAGAUACAUUCUUGAGAGAAUUACUGAGCAAGCAGGAGUUGUCCUUACUCUUGAUCCAAAACCAAUUGAGGGUGACUGGAAUGGUGCCGGAUGCCACACGAAUUACAGCACCAAGAGCAUGAGAGAAGAAGGUGGCUUUGAAGUAAUAAAGAAGGCAAUCCUCAACCUGUCGCUCAGGCACAAGGAGCACAUCAGUGCAUAUGGAGAAGGUAAUGAAAGGAGGUUGACCGGGAAACAUGAGACGGCGAGCAUAAACACCUUUUCCUGGGGAGUCGCGAAUCGUGGUUGCUCCAUUCGUGUGGGACGCGAAACUGAAAAGCAAGGCAAAGGAUACUUGGAGGAUCGUCGGCCAGCUUCAAACAUGGACCCCUAUGUGGUGAUCUCACUUUUGGCUGAAACUACGAUUCUUUGGCAACCCACACUCGAAGCAGAGGCUCGUGCUGCUAAGGAGCUGCAGUUGCAAGUGUGAGUAUUCUUAAUGGUGAAGGCUCGAUCCUCAAUAUCGCGAUAUUCAUGUAUUCAAUCAGUCUAUUUGGUACUUGUUAUUGUCAUUGUACAAUUUCCACAUGAAUGGCUUUCUAGCGUUGUGUACUUCUUUAA